UACACGGUAGAAGCACACAGCUGCUCUUAUAGAAGAACAGAUACGCAUCAUGUUGAUGUUGUUUAUAACGUUACCUGAUUUGAGAUGCGCUUUGAAAGUGCGAUCCAACGAUGGUCGAGUAACUGACCUCACAUUUUCCCUCUGAUUUCGCGCCCCACCUCUUUCACACACAGCAUUAAUAGGCCAGUUCUCCUUCUCCUGACCUAGUGAGAGACAAGACAACACUGUCAAGAUUUGGACAGAAUGGGAUAUGCGCACUGCUGUACCGUGCUCCUUAUAGUAUUCAUUGCGCUACAGCAAUCUGCUGGAUUUUGGCUCUUCGAUGUGGUAUUCCCACCAAGUGCCAAACCGCAAAACAAAGUGGCAAACAAUAGCACUCCGCCGGUUCUUAUAGUACCUGGGAACCUAGGAAACCAGCUUGAGGCCAAGAUUGACAAGCCAAGUCUUGUGCAUUGGAUGUGCUACAAAAAGACAGAUGACUUUUUCACACUUUGGAUUGACCUGAAUAUGUUUAUGCCAAUUGGGCUUGACUGUUGGAUCGAUAAUAUAAGAAUUGUAUACAAUAGGACAACUCGCAAGACCUCCAAUUCUGCAGGGGUGACUGUGAGAGUGCCUGGUUUUGGACAGACCUAUUCUGUUGAGUUCUUGGACACAAACAAGUUGUCAGGAUAUUUUCACACUAUGGUUACACAUUUGGUCAACAUGGGAUAUGUCCGUAAUGAGACUGUCCGAGCAGCACCAUACGACUGGAGGGUAGCUCCAAAUGAGCAGGAGGAAUACUUUGCACGACUGAAGAAGCUGAUUGAGGAUAUGUACGAGCAGUAUCAACAACCACUUUACCUCUUGGGACACAGCAUGGGAAGCAAUUAUGUCCUCUACUUCUUAUAUCAGCAGACCCAGACUUGGAAAGACCAAUACAUCAAAGGCUUCAUUUCACUUGGAGCACCCUGGGGUGGGGCAGUCAAGCCUAUUCGAGUGCUAGCAUCAGGUGAAAAUGAUGGCAUCCCAAUGGUAUCCAACAUCAAGAUCCGGGAGGAGCAACGCAUGACCACAACAAAUCCCUGGAUGCUUCCAUUUGAAGAGGCAUGGCCUGCAGACCACACCUUCAUCUCCACACCCUCAUUCAACUAUACCCACCAGGACUACCAGCGCUUCUUCAAAGACAUCGACUUUGAGGAUGGCUGGUUCAUGUGGGAAGACACCAGAAACCUGACAGCUGGUCUGCCCCCUCCUGGUGUAGAGGUAUACUGCUUCUAUGGUGUGGGGCUGCCCACACCAGUUACCUAUAUUUAUGACGACCAGUUCCCAAAUGUAGACCCUAUAGACUAUGUGUAUGCUGAUGGGGAUGAUACAGUGGACAGUCUUAGCAUGAGUUUAUGUAAGCGUUGGAUAGGAAAGCAAGCACAGCCUGUCUAUGUCAAGGAGUUCAGGGCCAUGCCCCACUUGGAAAUAGUAUUCAAUAGCAAGGUGCUCAACGUGGUCCAGAGUAUCCUGGAAGGAAGAUAUGAGGAAGAGGAUUCUACAUUCCAUGAGACUGAUGAACGUCCCAUUGACUCUGCAGUCAUGCAAGAUCAAGUCUAGCCGGACAAGGCUCCCAAAUCUACACUGUAAGCUUUUGGGGAGAAAAUAAUUCACUCUCCCAAUGUACAUACGAUUACUGAUGUAGUAGCUACUGAGUUGGACUUACACACUGAGUGUACAAAACAUUAAGAACACCUGCUCUUUUCAUGCCGUAGACUGAACAGGGGAACCCAGGUGAAAGCUAUGAUCCCUUAUUGAUGUCACUUGUUAAAUCCACUUCAAUCAGUGUAGAUGAAGGUGAGGGUUAAUUAAAGAAGGAUUUUUAAGCCUUGAGACAUGGAUUGUGUAUGUGUGCAACUCAAUAUUAGGUGUUCCUAAUGUUUGGUAUACUCAGUGUAUAUGUACACACAUCCUAACUAGUAUUACUAAUGAGAUGCCUCGUGUUUCAUUAUGCUUAUCUUUUCCUCUUAGCAUGAUAGGAAAUCAAAAAAUAAAUUUGUAUUUGGUCAGUGUACAUUUCCUUAUUUUGAUUUUCGAGUCAAAACAGAGUGGAAAAACAAAACGGCUAAAAACAUUUUUGAAUAAAAAAAAUGAAAAAAUCAUAAAUCGACUUGUUUUCCCAUCUAUUGUGUCAAAAUUGGACAUGGAAUAAUGGCAAACAAAUAACAACAAAUUGUAUUAAAUGUUAUUUUCAUACACGGAAGUACACACCCCCUCAGAGUAUUCACAGGGUUGGGGUGGGGUUUAACAGCCUAUGUUGGCAGCUAAAAGAAAGGAUUAGACUGAAAUAGAAAAUAAUAAUGUUAGCUAACAUGCAGAACUUAUUAUGAAGAUCGCAUGCCAAUAGCACAAACUUAAUAACAACUGAACAAAGUUGGCUUGGACUAGCUGGCUAGCUAGCACUAGCCCUACCUGGUUACUGGAUAUAGUCAUGCUAGAUAGUAGUAGCUAGUGGAAGUAAGUUGGUCCCUUCACUUGCAACAAGAUGAAGCUGCCCAGUUAGAGCUAACUGCUGUAGAAAUGUCAGACUCCAAUACUUAGCUAGCUCUUCUGUUGGCUAAUAGUCAAACACUAAGUAAUGAUGAACAGCAGUUACUGUAAAUGGAUACCUUAUCUGGCACGUUGCAUAGCUAUUGCUGAAUGGGCAAAUAGUUAAAGUUCUAAAGGGAAAAUUAACAUAAAUAUUGGUUGUAUUUACAAUGGUGUUUGUUCUUCACGGAUUGCCCUUUUCUUGUGGCUACAGGUCACAAAUCGUGCUGC